AAUGCGACACCGCCUCCUUUUGAAGUGUAUUUAGAUGCAGAUGAUCGAGAAAAUGACAAGCAAGCGACGGUUGUGCUGUUCCUGUUGUUCGAAAUGUCAACGAAAAUGGGAUUCUGUGAUAGAGAAUGCAUUUGGAAAACUCGGCUUUUUCAUUUCAACGUAUCCUGUAAUAAUAAUGAUUGUUUGCAUUGUUGUAAACUUACUUUUGACCAUUGGAAUUGUGAACAUAGAAGUCGAAAAUGACGUGGAAACACUUUACACACCAAUGGAUAGUCAAGCAAUAAAAGACCGGUCUGCAUUACGAAACUUGUACGGAGACUCCACAAACAGCAGUUUUCGUCCUUACCAGCUUUCGGACUUUGGACUGUAUGGCGAUGUGAUGAUUAUCUCAAAAAAUAAAAGUACAAUAAUGAACCAAGCCUAUGUUGACGAAAUAAACAACAUCAACAGUAUAAUCAGAAACACUAUAAGUGUUAGUGAUUCCACUGGGCAAACGUACACUUAUGAUGAUUUGAGAGCCGGUUCGAAUUCUAACGAAGGAAUAGCUAGUGCUGUUGUACUCAUGGAUACAUUUCAAAAAAAAUUCAUCAUUGCUAAUAUAACUUACCCAUUUGAUGGAGAUCAUAUAUUGUCGCCCUAUCUUGCGCAGGCGAGUCAUGAAACUGGGAAGUUGAAUUCUGCUCUUGGUGUAAAAUUGCAAUAUUAUUUGCGACAAAGCGAUGUAAAUGCAGUAGAACUUUCUAAGCAAUGGGAAAAAGCUUUUGUAAGCAAACUAGAAAGCUUACAAACGAAUCUGACCGAUAUUGCUUUUGCGUACUCAGAUUCCCUAGGAACAGAACUGAACAAAAACACAAAAAGUGACAUAGGAUUUUUUUCUGUUACGUUUGUUCUGAUGAUGACAUAUGCAUCUCUUGCUUCCUUCACCAUAAAUUGUAACAAUGUAGCCAAUCGUAUGAAUUUAGGAAUAGCAGGUGUUAUUGCCCCUUUGUUGGCUAUAGCAUCAUCCUGCGGAUUUGUGAGUGCAAUAGGAAUACAAUUCACAAACAUUGUUGGUGUGAUGCCGUUCUUGGUUAUUGGGAUUGGUAUAGAUGAUAUGUUCAUUUUAAUGUCUGGGAUAGCGGACGCCCAACCUCUCUCUAAAAUAUCAAUUGAAGAAAGGGUGAUUUUCAUGAUGCAGAAGAGCGCAGUUGCCAUAAGCAUUACAUCAUUAACAGAUUUGCUGGCCUUUGUUGUUGGAGCAACAUCUGUAUUUAAAAGUAUAAGGAAUUUCUGCAUUUACACAGGUGUGUCGGUGUUCUUUUGCUAUUUAAAUCAACUUUUCUUCAUGUGUCCAGCAAUAACAAUCAAUGAAAAAAGAACGGAGGAAAACAGACAUUUCUGUUGUUGCAGAAAAAUCGUAAAACCGAAAACUCGAUAUAAAAAUAAGCCUAAAUGUUUUCUUCAUUGUGUUCCCGGAUCACCCCCUGAAACAAGACGUGAUGUAGAAAGCCCAAUGGAAAAAUAUCCCAAAAAAGUGAUACUUUUGAUUCUAAACAAUUUGUUUGGGAAGUUUUUUGUUGUUUUAUCAUUCCUUGCUUACAUUUCAUUUUCAAUAUAUGGCUGUGUACAUCUUCAGCAAGGGCUCCAACUAUUCAAUUUAGUUUCAAAAGAUUCAUAUUAUUACAAGUAUAGUGUAUGGGACGAAAAUUAUUUCACCACUGAACCAAUGAUUACAUUUUGCGUGAUUACAGAGCAAGAAUACCAUAGAAGCGAAACGCAAAAUCAUAUAAAUUAUGUGUUAUCCCAGGCAAAAAUGGAUAAUUACAUUGAUGACACUGUUGAGAUAAACUGGCUUAACAGUUACAAACAAUCGGCGUAUUAUAAUGAUUCUUCCGAAUUACAUUUUAUUGGUGGUUUAAAUGAGUUUUUAACAUCUCAGAGUGGACAAUCCUUUAGAAACGAUCUCGUGAUGGAUACUUCUGGGCACAGGGUGUUGUCAUCAAAAUUUUAUUUGAAAGCAAAAAACAUGAAAACGUCGAAUGAACAAGGAGGUUUCAUGACACGUAUAAGAAAACUCACAGAGAGCACGGCUCUUCCUUGUAUAAUUUACACUCCUGCUUUUGUUUUCUUUGAACAGUACGUACAUAUUUUGCCAAGUACUCUUCAAACACUAGGCAUUGCAAUUGCUGCCAUGCUUGUUGUAACAGUUAUAUUUAUGCCCGAUUGGCGAGUGGUAUCCAUUGUAUGCAUAACACUCAUUAGCAUUCUGUGUGGAAUAUUUGGCUUUAUGUACUACUGGGAUCUGACAUUGAGCUCAAUAACUAUGAUCCAUUUGGUAAUGAGUGUGGGGUUUUCUGUUGACUUUAGCGUUCAUAUUUGUCACGCUUUCAUGACUGUUGAGGGAUAUAGUCGAGAAAUAGUUCUACAAAACGCUAUCGAUAGGUCCGGUGGCCCUGUAGUUAAUGCAGCUUUUUCCACGCUACUGGGAAUAGUAAUGCUUGCAUUUUCUACCAGCUACGUAUUCAAAUCCUUUGGUAUUCUAAUGUUUCUAGUUAUAGGAUUCGGAUUGAUACACGCGUCAUUCUUUCUUCCUUUGCUAUUGUAUGCGAUUACGCCUUGCUUCCAUAAAACCCAUACAUUAAAUUCUUCUUUUAAUUCUACACCGGGAAGAGUUGAGUCUGACAUUCGGACGAGAUAUCCUGACAAUCUGCGGGGUUUUGAUGAUAACAGCGAAAUUUUAUCAGCAGAAACAUGCUAUGCAUGCUAAUGGUUCGAAAAGCAAAAAAUUGUCUUUGCGAAAGCUGUCGAUAGCGAGACGAGCAAGCAUUACUCAUUUUGACAUAGCAACAAUCAAGGCCUGAUUACAGAUAUUGGUGACGGAUAUAAGAUGUAUAAACCUUGUAGGAAUUCUACAUUUUGACUCAAUAUUAGUAUAUAUUUGUACACUCGGAGAAAGGUUUCAUAAAAAUUAGAUAUUUAAAAAGAUACAAAUAAAUUGUUUUACAAGAAGCUUUGUAUUAUUAUGUCUCUCAGCUGAUUCGAUACGCGAAGACAUUUUCUGCGUAUAAUGAACAUUUAAACCGAGGCGAGCCUUUGAUAAAUGUGCUGAUGUUACAUGGAUUGGGGCUAUGUGAAUUGUGAUGACAUCUGACGUUAGUUCUAUGGAAACAUAUUUCAAUCUACCUAAAAUCAUGUACAAUGGAUACUUGUUAAUAUCUCUCUCUGUCUAAUUGAGUAGUUCAACAAUAUUAUGCUUGUUAUGUUCCCCAAACAAAGUUUGGGAACAUAUUGUUUUUACUCUGUUUCUUAUUAUUAAGGUCUUCCGUUUCCGAUGGAAGACCUUGUUAUUCUGUUGUUUCUUUUCCUCUUUUAUUAUGUCUCCGAACACAUAGUAUCGGAGACAUAUUGUUUUUCCUCCGUUUCUUAUUAUUCCUAUUUUCUUCUUAUUAUUAUGUCUCCGAACACAAAGUGUCGGAGACAUCUUGUUUUUGCUCCGUUUCUUAUGUCUCCGAACACAAAGUGUCGGAGACGUAUUGUUUUUGCUCCGUUUCUUAUUAUGUAUCCGAACACAAAGUGUCGGAGCCAUAUUGUUUUUGCUCCGUUUCUUAUUAUUCUUAUUAUGUCUCCGAACACAAAGUGUCGAAGACAUAUUGUUUUUGCUCCGUUUCUUAUUAUGUCUCCGAACACAAAGUGUCGGAGACAUAUUGUUAUUGCUCCGUUUCUUAUUAUUCUUAUUAUUAUGUUCCCCAAACAAAGUUCGAGAACAUAUUGGUUUUACUCUGUUUCUUCUUAUUAUUAUUCCUUCUUUCUUCUUGUGACUUUUUUGUCCACGAGUGUUCUCAGAAACCAUUCAAGGGAUAAGAUGAAACCUUUUUAGGAUGAUAGUAUAGCAUAUGUAGAUGUGCGGAACGAAUGUCAUUUUCUCUGAGAAUGCAUGCAUGUGCAUGCACGUGCAUUGGAUGUUUUGUUUACAAAUUUUGGAAUGCGUCUAACUUUUUCAUUUUUCAAUAAAUCGUUUGAUAUUUAUAUCAUAGGUAUAACUUGAGACCCUUACUUGUUUGGCAUAGUCAAAUUUACAACUUUUUACGCACAUGCACGUGUGCUUUAAUUUGAUUGGAUAAUACAAAACCGUCCAUAACUUCCAUGUCAAUGAAGGAAAUCUAAUGAUAUUUACAGCAUAGGUAGACAUGCUAAAUAUCUACAGAUCUAUGUGAUAAAAUUUGCAAACGCGCAUGCGCACGCACGUGCAUUGUCUUUUGAAGAUUCAAUUCGAUCAAUGACCAUAACUUUUUUGUUUUUUUUUUGUCAAAAUCUUUUCAAACGGGUUGUGUAUGUAUCUUGAUAUUCUUAACAAAUGUGUACAGUCAUAAUUACAAUCCGGCACGUGCAUGCACGUGUGCUAAAUUCUGAUUGGACGAUUUUCAAUUCGCCAUAACUUUCUUAUAAAUGAUGGAAACAAUAUGAAAUUUAUAUUGUAAGUAUAUCUAUCAAAUGUCUAUUGAAUGACGUCAACAUUGAUGCUGAGUCAUACUCACGUGCGCGUGUAUGCACGUGCAUAGCUUUUCUUUCAUUUUUCGGGUACUAAAAUGGUCAUAACUAUUGAAUUAAAAACUGAAAUGAAUUCAAAUUUACCCUGAGGAUCUAUGAUAUGAAUGCCUAUGAAAUGGUGUCAACAAAUUUUCCAUUAUCAAAAUCUCGUGUGCGUGAAUGUGCGUGCAUUGUAAUUUUUGAUGUCUAAAUUUAAGUAUUGGUCUAUAAAAUUUUAAGAUUGCAAUGAAUAGGUUUGAAAUUGAGGUUGCAGGUAUGUUUUGUGCCUAUCAAUUUAUUAAUAGUGUCAAAAUCACUUCCCUGCACGCACAUGCACGUGAGCUUAAUUCUGAUUGGACGAUUUUGAAAUCCCAAUAACUUUCUUAUGAGUGAAGCAAUCGAUACCAAAUUCAUAUAGUAAGGAUAUUGUUCAAAUGUCUAUUGAAUAGCAUCAACAAAAUUGCUGUAUGGUACUCACGCACACGUGUAUGCACGUGCAUUGAUUUCGGUCUUUGUAGUUUUGAUUUGCCAUUAGUUUCUCGUUUUUCAUUGAACUGUUAACUGAACUAUAGUAAGUAUUCUAAUGUAUAGAGAUGGUCGAAUUACUUAUCAGCACGUGCAUGCACGUACGUGCACGUGCACACAAUUCUCAGAUCUUUAUAACUGAUUUGUACUAGCAUGAAAUGGACUGAACGUUAUAAGAUAGUUAUAUAUUCACAUGUUACACAGUUUGCAAUGGUCAAAACCACUUGUACUGAAAUAAAUGACACCACUCGCUAAAUGGGGGAAUGUUUGGGGAACAUCUGUAACGGUCCCCGUUACAAUAAGUACUAGUUAUUAUUAUUUUCUUCUUAUUUUUCCUCUUCUUUAGUGAGAAAUUUGUCCGACCGAUUAUAUGAAAGUGCUUCGACAGAUCCACUUCAAACUUUGUGAGCUGAUAGAGGGUCAUUAGGAGGGGUGGAAUCAACUUUUCAAAUUUUCAAAAUGGCCGCCUUUUUAAAAUGGCGGCCAAAAAACGUCAAAAAAUCAAGGUUGUCGGAUUUCAACCAAAUUCUUUUUUUAGGGUAAUUGGUAACCGAGUUCAUUUCCAACAUCAAAAUUUUCUUUUGAGCCGCCAUUUUCAAAAUGGCCACCAUAUACCGAAAUAUUUGAAAGUGUUAAAAUCUCUACAACAUUUGGGUUCUGGGGUAAAUUGAGGGUCCACAAUUCAUUUCUAGCAUCAGUAUUUCCUUCCAAUCAAUUUUCAAAUGUUUCAAAAUGGCCGCCUUUGAAGAAAAGGGUGGCCAAAAUUCAAGUCCGUCGGAUUUCAACCAAAUUUAGUUUCUAUGGUUUUUUGAGGAUCCUGAGUGCAUAUCUGGCAUCAAAAACCAUUUCUGACAUGGGGAAGUGCUCGGAGACAUUUGUGUUGGCAUCCCAACACAGUUAUAGCUCGUUAUUCUUAUUUUCUUCUUAUUAUUCCUCUUCUUUCCAGAGAAAUUUGUCCGCGCGAUUUUAUGAAAGUACUUUGACAGAUCCACUUCAAACUUUGUGAGCUGAUAGGGGGUCAUGAGGAGGGGUGCAAUAAACUUUCGAAAUUUUCAAAAUGGCCGCCGUUUCAUAAUGGCGGCCAAAAACGUCAAAAAAUCAAGGUUGUCGGAUUUCAACCAAAUUUCAGUUCUAGGGUAAUUUUGUGACCCCGAGUUCAUUCCCACCAUAAAAAAAAUUUUUUGAGUCGCCAUUUUCAAAAUGGCCGCCAUAUACCAAAAUAUUUGAAAAUGUUAAAAUCUUUACAACAUUUGGGUUCUGGGGUAAAUUGAGGGUCCACAAUUCAUUUCUAGCAUCAGUAUUUCCUUCCAAUCACUUUUCAAAUGUUUCAAAAUGGCCACCUUUGAAGAAAAGGGCGGCCAAAAAUCAAGUCCGUCGGAUUUCAACCAGAUUUAGUUUCUAGGGUUUUUUCAGGAUCCUGAGCGCAUAUCUGGCAUCAAAAACCAUUUCUGACAUGGGGAAGUGCUCGGAGACAUUUGUGUUGGCAUCCCAACACAGUUAUAGCUCGUUAUUCUUAUUUUCUUCUUAUUAUUAUUCCUCUUCUUUCCAGAGAAAUUUGUCCGCGCGAUUUUAUGAAAGUGCUUUGACAGAUCCACUUCAAACGUUGUGAGCUGAUAGGAGGUAAUGAGGAGGGGUGCAAUAAACUUUCGAAAUUUUCAAAAUGGCCGCCGUUUCAUAAUGGCGGCCAAAAACGUCAAAAAAUCAAGGUUGUCGGAUUUCAACUAAAUUUCAGUUCUAGGGUAAUUUUGUGACCCCGAGUUCAUUCCCACCAUAAAUUUUUUUUUUUUGAGUCGCCAUUUUCAAAAUGGCCGCCAUAUACCAAAAUAUUUGAAAAUGUUAAAAUCUUUACAACAUUUGGGCUCUGGGGUAAAUUGGGGGUCCACAGUUCAUUUCUAGCAUCAGUAUUUCCUUCCAUUCUAUUUUCAAAUGUUUCAAAAUGGCCUCCAUUGAAGAAAAUGGCGGCCAAAAUUGAGAUCCGUCGGAUUUCAACCAAAUUUAGUAUCUAGGGUUUUUUGAGGAUCCUGAGUGCAUAUCUGGCAUCAAAAGCUAUUUCUGACAUGGGGAGGUGUUCGGAGACAUUUGUGUUUGCAUCCUAACACAGUUAUAGUUCGUUCUUAUUAUACUUUUCUUCUUAUUAUUCCUCUUCUUUAGGGACAAAUUUGCCCGCGCGAUUAUAUGAAAGUACUUCGACUGAUCAACUUCAAACUUUGUGAGCUGAUAGGGGGUCAUAAGGAGGGGUGCAAUCAAUUUUCAAAAUCAAAAACAUCAAAAAAUCAAAGUUAUCGGAUUUUAACCAAAUUUCAUAUCUAGGGUUAUAUUGUGACCCCUACUCCAUUUCUACCAUCAAUAUUUUUUUGGAGCCGCCAUUUUCAGAAUGGCCGCCAUAUACCGAAAUAUUUGAAAGUGUUAAAAUCUCUACAGUUUUGGGGUUCUGGGGGUCAAUUGAGGGUCCACAGUUCAUUUCUAGCAUCAGUAUUCCCUUCCAAUCUAUUUUCAAAUGUUUCAAAAUGGCCGCCAUUGAAGAAAAUUGCGGCCAAAAAUCAAAACCGUCGGAUUUCAACCAAAUUUAGUUUCUAGGGUUUUUUGAGGAUCCUGAGUGCAUAUCUGGCAUCAAAAACCAUUUCUGACAUGGGGAGGUGUUCGGAGGCAUUUGUGUUGGCAUCCCAACACAGUUAUAGCUCGUUAUUAUUCCUCUUCUUUAGUGAGUAAUUUGUCCGCGCGGUUUUAUGAAAGUGCUUCGACAGAUCCAUUUCAAACUUUGUGAUAUGAUAGGGGUCAUCAGGAGGGGUGCAAACAACUUUCAAAUUUUCAAAAUGGCCGCCGUUUUGAAAAAACGUCAAAAAAUCAACGUUGUCGGAUUUCAACCAAAUUCUAUUUCUAGGGUAAUUUGAUGACCCCGAGUUCAUUUCCACCAUCAAAAAACUUUUUUGACCCGCCAAUUUCAAAAUAGCCGCCAUAUACCGAAAUAUUUGAAAGUGUUUAAAUCUCUACAACAUUUGGGUUUUGGGUAAAUGGAGGGUCCACAAUUCAUUUCUAGCAUCAGUUUUUCCUUCCUAUUUACUUUCAAAUGUUUCAAAAUGGCCGCCAUUGAAGAAAAUGGCGGCCAAAAAUCAAGUCCGUCGGAUUUCAACCAAAUUUAGUUUCUAGUGUUCUUUGAGGAUCCUGAGUGUAUAUUUGACAUCAAAAACCAUUUCUGACAUGGUGAGCUGUUCGGAGACAUCUGUGUUGGCAUCCCAACACAGUUAUAGCUUGUUAUUAUUAUUCCUCUUCAAAAUGGCCGCCAUAUACCGAAAUAUUUGAAAGUGUUAAAAUAUCUUCUAUAUUUGGGUUCUGGGGUCAACUGAAAGUCCUCAGUUCAUUUCUAGCAUGAGUAUUUCCUUCCAAAAAAAUCUCGAAUGUUACAAAUGGCAGCUAUGAAAGGAAAUGGCGGCCAAAAAUGAGAUCCAUCGGAUUUCAACCAAAUUUAGUAUCUAGGGUUUUUUGAGGAUCCUGAGUGCAUAUCUGGCAUCAAAAAGCAUUUCUGACAUGGGGAGGUGUUCGGAGACAUUUGUGUUGGCAUCCCAACACAGUUAUAGCUCGUUAUUCUUAUUUUUCUCCGGACUUUUUUGUCCGGGAGUGUCCUUCAAAACUACAGAAGAGAUCAAUAUGAAACUUUCCAGGAUGAUAGUAUAGUGUUUGUAGAUGUGCAGAACAAUAGUCAUUUUGUCUGCACGUGCAUGCACGCGCACGCACGUGCAUUGCAAUUUUCGUACAAAACUCCGGUUAAAAGCUCAUUGGAGUGAGUUGAGCCUUCACAUUUACAGAAAGACACAUGAAAGAAUUGGUUUCAAUAUAUCGAACAUAUUUUUUUUUUUGUGAAGUUCCUCUAUCUUCUCAUAACAAAGUCAUUAAUUGUGUUAUUUUCUAUGCUAAGCAAUAUGUUUUCAUUUCUUUAUUGCAAAAUAAAAUGCCAGAUCCAUGUGGAUUAUUAUGUCAUUUAAAGAUAAAAUAUAAAGUGGAAAAAUAUGCUGCAAGUCCAAAUUUUAGAUUGAAAAAUUUUGAAAAACAGUGGUCAUUGUUUCAAAGUAUUUUUGAUGUGUAGCUGUUAUUAUAUGUACAUGUAUUUCAUUCAUUACUCCUGUUGUUAUUACUUUUUCCCCCUUUUCAUACAGUGUAUAGACUUUGUUAUAAACAACAAAAGUAACCACUUACCUAGAUCUGUUCUUUUUAUGUGUACAGUAUGUAUGCACUCGUUGAAAGUGUUUAGGUGUAGAGAGUCAGAGUGAGAGUGGUAUGUGUAUUUGUGUGUUUCAAAACAAAUGCUAUUGAUAUUGACUUCAAUGUUUGUUUGUAUGAAAGAAAAAUAAAGAAAUCAUUAAAAAAUACUUCGUUAGGAAGGUAGGGAGGAAUAACGAAUCUGAGGAAGGACGAAGUUUCAAAACUCACUUUCAAAACACUCAACGAAGAACUAUGCAUUCUCAACAUGACUCAAUUGCACUAUUUUGAUGCAAAAGUGAAGAAAACAAACAUUGAUUAAUAUAGAAAACGUCUAUAACGAUUACACAAUUAGAAAUAGGGCAAACACGGACCGUAAGAAAUGGAACCAGGUACCUUCCAGGAAUAAGGAUCCCCUGUUGACCAUUCAAUACCAACAUAAUAUCAUGAACGAUAUUUCUAGGGAAAAAACUGCUUAAAAUGGCUCAAAUGUCUAUUUUUUAUUAUUAUUCAACCAAAUAUCACUGCCUGUCGAUUAAAAUCAGAUAGUUUUUCCAUCAUCAUUUUAUUGUAUUUUACUCAAAGAUGACGUUUUCUGUACCGAAAUAUAAUGAAUGGCCAGAUCAAGAUGGAAGGUGAAUAUUGUUGUGUACAUGUAUAAUACUAUUUGCACUCAGUUGACCUGGAUAGUUCUAGAAAGUGUUGUUUAUUUCAUUGUGUGAUCGAGAUUCUUCUGGAGCCUCCGCUAUUUUUUGUAGAAAGAUUACGUAAUGUUGCAUCAUGGUUUUUCAAGAUUGUACUAGAAAAGUCAUUCCCAUUAUAUAUACACUGAAAUUGAUUUGAUAAAAAAGAAGCUCUGAUUAGACACUUUUAGAACUUUUCAUUUGGAUUUUUUUACUGGGAAGAACGAUUUUGGAUUAUCAUUUUUUGUGUGUUUGAAUUUAUUGUUCAACUUCCGUAAAUUGAUAUUUUGCUAUUGUAACAAUUUUCUUUCAAAGUAAAUUUUGCUGUGUCCAGGGGUCCGUGUUUGCCCAACUAUCUAUUUUGUAUUGCUUGUAGGAAUUAUGAGAUUGAUCGCUGUUCGUUAUCUUCACCUUGCAUUAAGGGUUUGUUCUGACCCAUAACAAUAUAACGAACAAUAAUCAAUCUUAUAACUCCAAUAAGGAACCCAAAAUUAAGAGUUAUUGGCAACCGCGGAGCCCUGUACAUACCAGAGGUGGGGUCAGGUCCAUAGGAGAAGUAAGCAUCCCCGUGUCGACCAAUCACACCCGCCGUCAGCCAUAUAUCUUGGUCAGGUAAAAGGAUUAAUCAGUGUGUUAAAAAUGAUAUAAUGAACAACUAUGAAUCUUUAAAAUUGUCUAAAUUCAAACUGGGAGAACCGCCGCGGGGGUCUAGACGUUAGAGCGUGCACCCUGCAUACGAAAGGCCGGGGUUCGAAUUCCGGCCACGACAAUCCUAAGUCGUUAAAUCAGGUAGUGACAGUUCCAUCGCCAAACGCUCGGCAUUCCUAUUAUAUGUACACUGAAAUUCUUUUGAUAAAAACGAAGCUCUGAUUAGACUCUUUUAGAACUAUUCAUUUGGAUUUUUAUACUGGUAACUACUAUUUUGGAUUAUCUUUUUUUUUUUGUGCGUGUGUGUUUGGAUUUAUUGUUCAACUACACAAAGUUGAUAUUUUGCUAUUGUAACAAUUUUUGUUUCAAUUGUUAAUUGUAAAUAAAUCUUACUGUUUAA